CUAGAAAAUUCUGAGAAAAAAAAAGACAAGAAUUCAGAGAGAAAAAGAAAACAAUUUGUCUGAUAAAUAUCUGUGAAAAGACUAGGGAGCUCGUUGUUUUUCUACUUUCAUUUUCUAUAUAAAUAUUUCAGGUUUGGUUGGAUUUUGGUGGCCUGUUUGUUUUUGUGGUCUUCUUCUUCUUCCAACUUUGUGUCUGUAAGAAAAUUCCCUUGUUCAUGUUUUUUUCUAUUCUAAACGGUACCCUCACAGUUUGCAGAGAUGCAGCUGGAAUCGCUGGGAACAUCUUUGCUUUCGGGCUGUUCAUAUCACCCAUACCCACAUUUAAAAGAAUUAUCAGAAACCAAUCCAUUGAGAAUUUUUCGGGAUUGCCUUACAUAUAUGCCCUUUUGAACUGCUUGAUCUGCACAUGGUAUGGCACGCCCCUGGUAUCUCAUGACAACGUACUGGUUAUGACGGUCAAUUCAAUCGGUGCUGUUUUUCAGAUUACCUACAUUGUCACCUUCAUUGUAUAUGCCGAUAAAGAGAAAAAGAUGAGAAUGCUUGGAAUGCUACUCGGAGUUUUUGGCCUACUGGCGAUCAUAGUUGCUGGGAGCUUGCAGAUAGCUGACCGAGCAACACGGUGGAUCUUUGUCGGGUUUUUAAGUUGUGCUUCUCUCAUAUCAAUGUUUGCUUCCCCUUUGUUUAUAAUAAAUUUAGUAAUUCGAACAAGGAGUGUUGAAUUCAUGCCAUUCUAUCUCUCCCUCUCGACAUUCCUGAUGAGCACUUCGUUCCUCCUAUACGGCGUCUUUAACUUUGAUGCCUUUAUCUACGUUCCAAAUGGAAUUGGAACUAUUUUGGGGAUUCUACAACUCGCGUUGUACUUCCGAUAUAAAGCGAAGUCCAUGGAAGAAUCCAAUGAGCCACUCAUGGUGUCACAAGCGUGACUCUUGCUUUCUCCUGGAAAGGUAACUUCUUCUAUGUUCCGUUUCUACGCUUCAAUGCUUUUUCGAUGGCGUGUAAGUGGAAAGUUUUUGAUGUUGAGGUGUGUAUAGUGAUGGGAUCGUUUGAUGUAUGGUUUCAUUCGUUGUAUUAUUCCGAACAUGGUCUGAUUCUUUGUCUAAACAAAUUUGUUCGUCGACACUCCGGUUCAUUACGGACAGUGUCUAGGCUUUGCAUGUAUGAGCGAAGCAAAAAUUCAUUUUGGUUUGA